CUCACGCUGUGGCAUCUUUCCCAUUCUCGUCACUGACUUUGUCUUUGUGUUCGCGUUUGCUCUCCGUCUCGGGGGGAAAAAAGGAGAGAGCAGGAACGAGAAAGAGAGAUAAAGAAAGAAAGAAAAAAUGUCGAUGUUGGCUGAGAACUGCUGACUAUAAUAUAUCGACUCCGAAUAGAUUACUUUUUAUCUGUUGUUGCGGUCAGUCGUUGUGUCCUGUAGGUGCAGGAAGUGGUGGGCGUUUUUUUUUUUUUUUGCGAAAAUUGAUAGAGAUCUAAGUUAACUGGUACUGUCUUUGUGUGUGCAAUAACCUGGCAACAGCUUCUAAAAGAUGGCAGUGACGUCAUUAAUCGUGGUGACCUUGUGUCUCGCUGUGGGUCAGGUCACCAGCGCUGCAACUGACAAGAAAACAGUGUGCGCCGAUCUCGUGGGCGCCGGGGGUGUGGGCGUGCGAGUGUGGCCAACGUUGCAGGCGCUACCGAGGAGGCAGACCAACAACCUGCAGUUCCGGCUCGUUCAAAUCAACUGGGAGGCGGAGGAGGUGCAGGAGGGCGACUGGAUCGGCGUGUUUGAGCGGAACCCGAAGGAGCCUCCUGCAAGAUCGGCCGAGUCCUCAGCUCCUGACGAUGGGGCUCCGGGCAUUGGCGGCGCGAUCCUUUGGGAGAUGCCGCGGCCUCUCUUCUGGGACACGCCCUUCUCCACGAGCGGCAGGCUGACUACCAACGUCUCGGAAACUCGGCCUGAGCUUGCCGCGUUGGCUAUGGGCGGUUGCGUCGGUCACUGGGUGGGAUACGUGCGCAACGGGCUGUGUGUGGCAGCCCAGUGCCUCGCCGCUCACCCACAGUGGCUUUGGGAUAACAAAGACGUGCUAGGAUCCCGUUCCCUGAGGUCCCUCAUGCUCCCAGGGACUCACAACGCCGGCUCGUACUCCGUGAAGGACACCGACGACGUAGUGACAGCCUGGGUGGUAUGUCAGGACGAGGACAUCAUCAGCCAGCUCCUCUACGGCAUCAGGUAUCUGGACCUUCGUGUGGGUUACUACCCUGACAGCCCGGAGCUCCUAUGGAUCAACCACGACCUGGUGCGGUGGCGGCCCCUGGUGGAGGUGCUCAGCCAGAUCAACGCGUUUCUGACCAUCUCGCACGACCCGGUCCUCAUCGACAUCCACCGCAUGCCCGUUGGGUUUGAGCACCACGAGGCCAUCCAGCUCCUCCUGUCCGCCAUGAACGAGACUCUUGGAGAUCACUUCCUUUCAGAGCGGUAUGGGUCGCAGGUUACUCUGGACCAGGUGUGGGCCACAGGGAGGCGGGCCAUCUUCGCCUUCGCUGACAUCGACGUCUCCGAAGAGGAGGACUGGGUGUGGCCGCCUCUCCCCCAGGCCUGGGCUAAUGCGCAGACGCUGGAGGACCUGCGGGGCUACCUGGACACGCAGAUGGCUCGACGGGCGGCGUCCCCAAGAUUGUGGGCUGCCAUGGUGCACCUCACGCCCACCUUCUUGGACCUGCUCUUCCGCUCUCAUGAGGGCGUGCGGGGAAUGGCCGACCGCGCCAACCCUGCCGUCACCAUUUGGCUGCAGAAGCGGUGGGCACACCUGGCCAAUAUUGUGGCUUCAGAUUUCUUCAGAGGCAAUGACAUAGUCAAUGUUGCUAUCAGGACAAACUUAGCUCUGUCUGUGUGCCCUUCGUCUAGUUCUCAUGUAGCAUCUCCGCUGCGAAGGUCCACCGGCUUCAGGCUCUCGGAAUUACCAAGGAAAUUAUCAAACCCGAUCUGGGAGACCAUCAAAAACUUCGAGGAGGACCUGCCACACACCUCCUCCACUCCGCACCUGUCCACUCAACCCUCACUGAUCAUGAGCUUCACUUCUACCACACCUCCGUUCCAAAGGAUCACCACCUCUUCACCACCAGACGUCACCACACCUCCAUACCAGAGAGUCACCACACCUCCAUACCAAAGAGUAACCCAAGCUCCUCACCACAGACCGCAAGGCACCUUCUCUACGGGCACACGUGUGAAGAACACUAUCUCAAGUAUCUCUCCUACAACAACCUCACCGCCUCCUUCGACCGCCUCACCUUCCUCAUCGCCAUCCCCAUCAGUUUCCUCGCCAGCUUCUACUUUACUCACCAGGAGGAUCCAGGAAGACAACAGCAUUCCAGAGGGCCUCGAACCCCAAAGACCCGUGUCCGAGUCUAUCGACUUGUCUUUAAUUUCUCCCAUACAUUCGAUAUUAGAUUUAUUUGGCUUCGACACCUCAGCUACACGUUCAGACAGGCAACGACAAGACACAGGACAUGGAGGAACAUUGUCUACCCAAGAAACGAUGACAUCUGACGACGAAACAGAAAAGUACUCAAAGAAAUUGGAUUCUAUUACGACGACUGACGAUGCAAGCGACCCAAGGACAGGGGAUGACCCAACCGACGACCCGCCCAUAGUAGUAAGUCUACUAAACGACCAGCCCGCUAUGACCUCUUCCUCGACCGUUAUAUCUCGUGUUAAACCAACUACCUCUCAGGCGCUCCCGGAUAGACCUUUGUUAUCAUUGUCAGGAGGUACAGGGCAAACGAAUGCCUCGAUAAAACAGGGGAGCCGACAGGUUAUCGCGUAACUCUGUCGAUUUAGCUAAUUCUAAUUUUUAUUUUAUUUUAUUUUAUUUCUCUGUAAACAGAUUCCUAGGUAUGUGUUUUAUACUGUUGUUGCUGAUUUUAUAUUCUAUUACAGUGGAAAUAAUUUUUAUAUGAUAAAGUGUUUUUUCCCCAGUACCUGACGACUUCACACACACACACGCACACACACACACACACAUACACACACACACACACACACACAAACACACACAAAUGAAUCUCAAACACACACGCACACGCACACACACACACACACACAAACACACACAAAUGAAUCUCAAACACACACGCACACACACAAGGGAUGAAUAUCAGUUCACAUUUUUUUCAUCGCAUUUUUUCGUUGCAAUUGUUAUCAUUAAUUUCGCCAAAACAUGUACAUUGUCCACCAUCCACGUAUAUUGUUAUACCUCAUGCUGGUGUAGGGGAAACCCAUUUUUGGAUUUUUUUUUUUUUUAUUUUAUCAUUUCUAUCACAAGCAUAAUAAAACGUACUUC